AUGCCAGGAAAAGCGGGGGUAUCUGGACAUCCUGGUUUGCCAGGUAUGAAGGGCGAAAAAGGCAUGGAGGGAAUGCCAGGAGAAGAUGGCACUGCCGGGGGCCCAGGAGCCCCUGGACGAAAAGGCGACGCUGGAAUUGCGGGACGACCCGGAGUUCCUGGGUUUCCAGGUAAAAAAGGAGAGCCAGGAUCACAUGGUGUGCCAGGAGUAGCAGGACCAGUCGGAGAACGCGGAAUGCCAGGCACUCCAGGGCCGCAAGGCCUUCCCGGACCAAUUGGGCCGCCGGGUGUGUUAGGACUUCCAGGACAAAAGGGUGACAUGGGCAGUCCAGGAUAUCCCGGCGCGAAAGGAGACCCCGGACGUGAUGGUCUUCCUGGAUUGCCUGGUGUGUUAAUAGUUUUAUAG